AUGGGAGAUUCAAAGGUGAAUGUUCCAAUGGCAUUCAGAACGAAACUAACACUAUCUCUGGACAACCCAUCUGCUGAUAUGACACUCUAUCAUCAAAUGAUAGGUUCAUUGAUGUAUCUUACUGCUAGUCGUCUAGAUAUCAUGUUUUCUAUUUGUUAUUGUGCCGGAUUUCAAGCGAAUCCUUGUGAAACCCACAUGACUGUUGUCAAGAAUAGCUUCAGGUAUCUCAAACGAACAUCCUCAUUAGGAAUAUGGUACCCAUCAAGUUUGGGUUUCUUUGUGCAAGCAUUUUCGAAUGCUGAUUUAGGAGGUGGCGGAUUGGAUCGAAAGAGUACAAUAGGAGGAUGCCAAUUUCUUGAUGGCAAAUUGGUAUGUUGGCAAUCUAAAAAGAAAACUUGUGUCUCACUAUCAACAACUGAAGCAGAGUACAUAGUCGCUGCCUCUUGUACAUCACAAGUAAUCUUGAUUGAAAGUCAACUUCGUGACUAUGGCAUUAAUAUGAAGUGA